GUCCCAAGCGCUGAGCAGGUCAAGUCCAGGGAUUAGACUGACUGUGAAAUGAAACCUGGCAAGACAGAGGGAAAUCACCUCCUCAUACAAAGAGGGGCAUUCCAGAGAAAGGGAAUUUUCCUCAGAGCAGUGACAUUAUCCCCACUGGAUAAUGCAGCACAUCAGUGUUGUUACUGGUUCCCACCAUUCCAGCCUCCCCAUCUGCUGAGCAGCCCAGGGACAUGAUUUCAUCCAUGUUUUCCACAGGAAAAGGGGAUGAUGCUGCAGGGCCCUGACUGCAGGAACACUUGCACAGCAGCAUUUGGGCACCAAACAGAAGAUGCAGCCAGCACGUGACCAUGUCCACCAUGGGGCUGCAAAACCCCAGUGCCUCCUGCUCCGGAGUAGGAGCAGCACAGGCAGGCUCCUCAGGGGGAUUUUUCCAGUGACAUCCAGCCAUGUCACAGUGGAAGCCAGGCUGCCCUUGCAGCAGUGCUGGGCUCAGUUAGGAGCAGGGGAACAGAUGUGGCACCACCACAGCCCAGAUGAGCUGCAGGACAAAUGUGGGGGACAGGAAACAGCAUGAGCCUACAAAAAGUCGUAAAUUCAGAGCAUCUGGGCCCACAUGGAGCAGGCAGCCUUCCCAAGACGCUGUUGUUUGGCUCAGCCCUUGCGCUGCCUCCCUUCUCCCCCCGCAGGAGGCUGGAGAACCUGCAGGGGCCAUUCGCUGUUGCUGGGCGAUCUGGCUGCUGAAACCACAACAGCGUCAGUGGGGAUGGAGCCCGUGUGCCCGGGGCUCCCCAGCAGCUCCCAGCGCUGCCUGCAGGACGGGACCGGCCCCACCGCCCUGCCAGGGGCACGGCAGCACCAUGUUCGCCACGGUCAGAUUCGGAGCCAACUGCCAAGAAAUGGUGAACCUGCUCUGCUCUGUCCAGACCCUCACAGGCCACCUGAAGUGGAAGUGUCAGUGCAGGCCUGAAGACUGCAUCGAUCUUGUGGAUGAAAAGGGCACCCUGAUGAACCUGAGCAAAGUAGAAGAUCCUGCAUCUGACUGUGCCAGUAAAUACCUGCAGGGAAGGCAGCGCUACGUCCUCGUCAGAGCUGCCCGAGAAGAAAACUCUGAAGCCAUCUGCUACGAAUCCUUGCUUGAGGACCUGGGGAAACACUACCCUGACCUCCCAGAUCGGCUGCAGCAGCUCUCAGAAAAGACUCAGAGGACAGAGCAGAGGAAGAAGGGCUCCUUGCAGAGGGCUCAGCCUCACACCAGCACCCGAGCCAGGAACAGGACCACCUCACAGAGCAAGAGGAGCUUGGAACACAAGAGGACCCCUAAAUGAGGAACAGGCCCAUUGCUGGUCACCCAGGCAGCACAGCCUCCACCAGGGCCCAAACACCUGCCCAGGCUCUCAUUCCAGCACAGCAGAGUCCCCUGCUACUGAGCCCCUCUCCCUGGGAUCCCCUGCCCACCCAGAGCUUCACUACCCCAUCCCAGGCUGCACCCUGGCAAACCCAGCAUCACAGCCAGGCACAGGCACCAUCCUCCUGCUUCAGGGGGCUCAUGUUCCCUGGCAUGGCCUGCACUCCCCAGGGACAGGAACCUGCACCUCCUUCCCACCCACUG